UUUACUUUGUGCCUGAUGAUCAGAUUCCAUACUCCAUUAUCUUCACUUAUAAGUAUGUUCCGCUCUGUCAUCUUCCGUCACUUCGGGAAACAAUGGGUAUGAUCGGUAGGUCACCACUAACCAAGUGCGAGGUGAAAUUCUGGAUUGAUUUGGCCAAGGACGAAUAUGGGAAGGGCGUUAGCGCAGAGCAACGGGGAUUACUCAAUGAGGCCAUCUGCCAUCAUGAAAACGCGCGCAGGAUUUUCUUCGAGCUCUAUCCUAAUCAUGUAUCUCCCCUUCCUUCCUCCUCGAGCUGCGACCCCAAUGAGCGAUUUCGGCUGACCAUGGACGAGUGGAUUGGGCCGUCGACGGAGAGGUUGGACGAGUUAUAUCGCCGGCAAGCAGACAGAGACAAUGAGUUAUAUGAGCAGCGUGCCGGAGUUCAAUCCUUCGCCUCCUUAGAUAAGUCUCCGCCAAGCAUCAAUAUCAAGCAAAAUGGAGGAGGAGGAGGAGGAGGAGGUGGUGGUGGUAAAGGAGGAGACGGUAGCAAACAAACAGUUAAUAUCUAUGUAAACGGAGUCAAGAUCUGAUCCACCUCACACUAACUACUUCUAUUUCCAGCUCCUUAUUAAUUGUGUGUUAUAUCGAAGUACUUGCGUGGAUUUUAGCUUGACAUCUUGAAGGCAAUAAAUAUAGAAGCAUUGACUUCUAUUAAUGCUUACAUUGUAAGUUGUUCGUGUUGUAAAAUAGUAUACUGCUCUAUUUCUUUUAUUUUGCUUGUUUUUAUUGAAAAUAAAGA